AAAUUUCAGAACUUUUCGGCAUCCUGGCUAUCGCUGUGUUGUCACAUUCAUCAUAUAACAAUUGUGGUCCUAGUACAAGCAUACAAGCAUUAUUCUUAUCAUCUCCAGUAUUAACCAUGUCUCUCGCUACAAAGAAACGUUUUGUGAUGAAACAAGCGGAAAGUGAAUUGUUCUUGCCAAAGGAGAAUGAAAUUAUCGCACGUGUUUUGACUUCUCCCGGAAGGAAUCUACACGAGGUGGAUGAUGAAAAGGGUGAGACAUAUUUAGUAAGCAUGCCAAGGAAAUUCAGAGAGACAAUUUACAUCAAACGAGGCAGUUUCGUCUUUGUGGUACCGAUAAGCGAAGGUGUCAAAGUGAAGGCAGAAAUUACGCAAAUUUUGGAUAAAGAAAAUGUUUUAUACCUAAGAGAGCUUAAAAUGUGGCCCAAAAGAUUUGAAAUAUAUGCAGAAAGUAUAACUCGUGAAGCAAAGAGAGGUAUUGUUGCUGGCAGUACAAAAAAGCAUGACGUUAUUGAUGAAGAUAUGCUACCACCCAGUGACACGGAUGAUGACAGUGAAUGUGACACGAGUAAUGACGAUAAUGAAAAGCAGGAUGGCGACAGCUCGGCGGACGGUUUUUCCGAUCUAGAAGAAAGUGAAGAAUUGGGAGAUGACGAAGCGAAAGAUAGCGACGAGGAAGAAUCACAUAGUGAUGAUCUUGCUUUCAAAAUAUAUAAUCCAAAUCGAUUAAGACGAUUAUAAUUUUUACUGUUCCUUUCUCCGAAUUUGACUAGUCUUGAAAUUCUAGAUGUUUUUGUUAUCCAUGAAAUAAUGAUAUGAUUCUUAAUAUUUCUUUCUCUGACAACUUUUCUUGAUAAACCAGUAUAAUAUCUUUUAGCAGUCAUUUUCCACUGCGAAUUGUUAUGAAAUUUCCGUGUUUUGUU